GCCUCGAGAGCAGAGACUCCAACAGUUUAUCCACUUCCUGUGAGAGAGACACUCCGAGAAAACUAUGGCAGAAGAAGCACCAGCCCCGGCAAAAGUGGCAAAGAAGAAGGCCCCCAAGCCGAAGAAGACCGGCCCCAGCGUCAGCGAGCUCAUCGUGAAAGCUGUGUCCGCAUCCAAGGAGCGGAGCGGCGUGUCCGUGGCCGCCAUCAAGAAGAACCUGGCUGCCGGAGGCUACGAUGUGGAGAAGAACAACAGCCGCGUUAAAGUCGCCAUCAAAAGCCUGGUGGUCAAGGGGACUCUGAUCCAGGUCAAGGGGAUCGGAGCCUCCGGCUCGUUCAAGAUGAACAAGAAGGCUGAGGAGAAGACGACAAAGAAACCGGCAGCUAAGAAAGCGGCUCCUAAAGUAGUGAAGAAGACCGUAGCUAAGAAACCUGCGGCCAAGAAGCCCAAGGCAUCGCCAGCGAAGAAGCCAGCCGCUAAGAAGUCCCUGAAGAAGGCCAACAAACCCGCAGCUGUCAAGAAAUCAGCCAAGAGCCCAAAGAAGGCCGUUAAGAGUACCAAGAAGGUUGUGAAAAAGGCCCCCGCAGCCAAGAAAGCCCCCGCAGCCAAGAAGUCCCCCGCUAAGAAGGUCGCCAAACCCAAAGCCAAGAAGGCAGCACCCAAGAAGAAGUGAGCUAUCAAUCAACGACCCCACUAAAACGGCUCUUUUAAGAGCCACCCACAUCAAAUAUAAGAGUUCAUUCCUACAUGUCAAAUGUAUUUAUUAUUUUAUCAGUAUAUUUAGAUCAGAUAAUUAUUCAACUUCAAUGUAUUCUAUACAGAUGGAAUAAAGUUAUUAAUUGAUCAGUACCAAGAAAA